AGGGAAUCCGUAAAACCUCGUGAGACUCUCAGCUCUCGGGGAAGCUGUCAUGGCCGCGCCGAUAUGCGGACGCGGGGUUCUACCCUAAGGAAAACCACAGCACGUUUUCUUUUUCACUAGUAGAAGUGACGUUGGUUUCAUAUUGACCACUUUAAAACUUUUUGGAAGUGUUUCAGUGGAGAGCAAAAUGAGUAACAAAGCAGGCUCCUUGUUCUGGAACCUUAAACAAUUCAGGACUUUAGUUCCAAAAAGCAGAACUAUGAGGCUAUAUCCUUUGGGACUUUGCAAACCAAAAAUAGUUUAUUCAGACUGGAACACUUUAAAUGACUUUUGUAAGAGAAUGCAAUCAUCUGGUAUCAUUAGAUAUCUCUUUCAGGAUGCAUUCAUUUUAAAAUCAGAUGUUGGCUUUCAAAAAAAGGGCAUAAGCACUGUAACAGCCCUUAGAAUUGACAGACUACUUUGUGCUAGAAGAUUGUCUUUUGACUCAAAGCAGUCUCUUGUCUCUGUUGAUAAAUCUAAUGAUGGCUUGAAGAAAGUAAACUUUCAUCACGAAGUCUCCAAUGAAGAUGUUCUUAACAACAAAACAAAACCAAAUCGUAUCAGCAAUAGCACACUGUCUCAGGAAUGUAAUUCCCUUAGUGAUGUGUUAGAUACGUUUUCAAAAGCACCUACAUUUCCUAGUAGCAACUAUUUCACAGCAAUGUGGACAAUUGCCAAAAGACUGUCUGACGAACAGAAGCGCUUUGAAAAACAACUGAUGUUUAGCCACCCUGCGUUUAAUCAGCUCUGUGAACAUACGAUGAGAGAAGCCAAGAUCAUGCAAUAUAAGUACCUGCUGUUCAGUCUUCAUGCCAUAGUGAAGCUUGGAAUCCCUCAGAACACUCUUUUGGUACAGACUUUGCUGAGGGUGACCCAGGAGCGUAUCAAUGAGUGUGAUGACGUGUGCCUUUCAGUUUUGUCCACUGUUUUAGAGGCAAUGGAGCCAUGCAGGAAUGUUCAUGCUCUACAAGCAGGAUUCAGAAUACUAGUUGAUCAGCAAGUUUGGAAAAUAGAAGAUGUCUUAACGUUACAAGCUGUGAUGAAAUGUAUUGGAAAAGAUGCACCGAAUGCUCUUAAGAGGAAACUGGAGAUGAAAGCCUUGAAGGAAUUAGACAGAUUUUCUGUUGUGAAUAGCCAGCACAUGUUUGAGGUACUAGCUGCCAUGAAUCAUCGAUCUCUUAUACUCCUGAAUGAAUGCAGUAAGAUGGUCCUAGGUAAUAUCCAUGGGUGUCCUUUAAAAAUAAUGAUCAACAUAUUGCAGUCCUGCAAAGACCUCCGAUACUAUAAUUUAGAUCUCUUCAAGGGACUAGCGGAUUAUGUGGCUACAACUUUUGACAUCUGGAAGUUCAAAAAAGUUCUUUUUCUUCUCAUUUCAUUUGAAAACCUUGGUUUUCAACCUGUUGAUUUAAUGGAUCUGUUUAUGAAGAGAAUAGUAGAGGAACCUGAAUCCCUAAACAUGAAAAACAUUAUAUCUAUUCUUCAUGUUUAUUCUACUCUCAAUCAUGUCUACAAAUGCCAGAACAAAGAACAGUUCCUAGAAGUUAUGGCUAGUGCUCUGACUGGUUAUCUUCACUGUAUUUCUUCUAAAAACUUACUGGAUGCAGUGUAUUCAUUUUGCUUAAUGAAUUACUUUCCUCUGGCUCCUAUUAAUCAUCUUCUCCAAAAAAAUGUCCUCAGUGAGCUGCUGACAUCAGAUGACAUGGGAAAGAAUGUCCACAAGCUGCAUAUUUUGGAUACUUGUCUAAAACUUGAUGAUAUUGUUUAUCACAAGGACAUAGACUUAUCACUCCCACAGCUUCCACAGGAGCCACCGUCACUUCCAAAUGCAAAGGUGACAGAGGUGCUGAGCAGCCUUCUAGGAGGUGAAGGACACUUCUCAAAAAAUGUGUACUUGCCACCCAAUUAUCAUAUUGAUUUUGAAAUCAGAAUGGACACUAACAGGAAUCAAGUGCUUUCACUUUCUGAUGUGGAUGCAACUUCUGUUACAGAUAUUCAAAGAGUAGCUGUGCUAUGUGUUCCUAAAUCUGCUUAUUGUUUGAGUUCAAGCCAUCCCAGAGGAUUCCUUGCUAUGAAAAUGCGGCAUUUGAAUGCAAUGGGUUUUCGUGUGAUCUUGGUCAAUAACUGGGAGAUGGACAGACUAGAGAUGGAAGAUGCAGUCGCAUUUUUGAAGACCAAAAUCUAUUCAGUAGAAGCUCUUCCUGCUGCUGCUGUAAAUUUGCAAAGCACAUAAUAAAAUGAAAAUCAACCUUUUUGUAUUAGAAGACAUGCAUUUGUAAAAAUUAAUAAAGACCACUAUCCAGUUGUCAAUGGAAUUAACCUAUCUGUUCGCUAAGACAAAAAAAUGUUAGUGCACUAUUUAAUGUUAAGAAUGGAAGAAAUGUUACUGCCAUUUUAAAAUAUGCUGAGAAAAUUCCAGAAGGAUUAUUUUUCCAACCACACCUAUUCCCUCUAGUGCCCAGAUGGUUGAGAAAUUUGUGAGCUGUGCAUUUCACCUUUUCAUCUUUGAUGUAUUAAAAACUGGUUUCUCAGUUGUUAGGGGUCACAGGCAGGUUGAUGUGGGUAGUCCUUGUGUUUGGAAUCUGAAUAUUUAUACUGCUAUAAGCUAUUCUAAGAUUUGGGGUUAUGCCUUCAAAUCAUUUUCAAGCAUUGGCUAGAUAAUAAUUGGACCAGGUUCUAACAUUGUCAAGUGUGUAAGAAUUAGUGAGGUGGCCUGUUGAAAAUGGGUGAGGAUGGCAUUUGCAUUUGUAAUAAGCACUGCAGGUGUAGAUGUUUCAUGGGUUAUAAGAGAGUCACAGAUGAGGUAAUAUGUAGAUGGCAAGGAGUCCAAAAUUUUUAACACCGACAGGCCAUGAGUUGCUAAUACCCUAAAGUCUUGCUGUUUUUGGGUCCUUCUUUUCUCUUCCUUUUUUCCCCCUCACCCCUCCCACAAUUCAUGAAGUCUUUUAAAUUAAAUGUAUAGCUGAAUUGUGAAUCAGAUCUGAGGACUAUUUUUUCAAUGAUUUUUGUUCAUUCUUUGUUCAAAUAUUUGUCCAAGUUCAACUAUUUUGUUCAGUAUACCUGUCUACAUGGUAUUUGACUUGCUGGGGCUAUAGUGAUGAAUAGGCAUGGUCUCUUGUGGAACUUAUAGCAGGGGUUCCAUGCAAGUCAGUGUUAUUCUACCCCCAAGUACACAGACUUGCAAUUACUAUACAUCUUAGUAUGUGCUGGGUACUCCUAAGUAUUCAUUUGUGUGCUGUCUUUUCGUGAUCUUAACCCUUUGAGGUGUAGCUUCUAUUAUGAUUCUCUCUGGGUCUUCAUUUCCUCAUCUCUAAAAUCAGGAUAGGUUAUUUGCCCAAGACUACACAGAGUAGGGGAGGGCUAGAGUUUGAAUGUGAGCUGACAUGGGCUGAUAAGAAAAUACAAAAACUAUAGCAAUUUGACAACAGCCGCCAGUUUGUAUCAAUUUACCCAGCUUGCAUUUAGAAGAGGUUAGAGCUGAAAGGAAAUUUAAUGAUUAUUUAAUGUUCCCCCAUUUUAUGGAUGAGGAAGGUAAGGCUGAAAGAAUUUUCCUUUCCCUAAGUCUCAGCUAUGCCAUUGAUUUCCACAUCAUUUCAUCCUUCCCUGCUCUUCAGCUUGUGUCCCAGAAGAUCCCUGAAGGUUCAGAUUCCAGAUUGGACAUCCUCUAGGUUUGUGUACUUGGCCAAGUGAUUUAGCCUUAUAAGCUUCAGAACAAGAUGAAAAUAUUCUGUUAUUAAAGAAACUAAGGGUUUUUUUCUUUAAAUGUUAAAUGUGCAUCCAUUUCUAGUGACUAAUUAGGACUCCUAUUCAAAGGAUUUGACAAAUUUAUGAAUAAUUA